AAACAUUUGGCGCGCCUCAAAACUCAUUCUCGUCGUCGUGGGGAUUGGGGAAGAUGGUGCCUCAGAUGCCUUCAUGGAGAAACUGAGAAGACUUGCUACUGAGAUCGCCUACGCUCAGAGUCUCGCUAAGCUUCCUCCUCUUCAACGCUCUCUCGUCCCUUUUCUUUAUGCGGCCUCUUCUCUCUACAAGCUCGUUCUCUCUCUUCGCUACUUUCUCUACGAAGUUGGCUUCUUUCAAAGGCACCGGUUGCCCGUUCCUGUUAUUAGUGUCGGGAAUUUGACAUGGGGAGGCAAUGGGAAGACACCGAUGGUUGAGUUCAUCGCACUCUGGUUAGCUGAUUGUGGAAUUUCGCCUCUGAUUCUUUCAAGGGGAUAUGGAGGUGGGGAUGAAGUCAACAUGCUUCGAAGACGUUUAUUUGGGACAGCAAUUCAAUUUGGUGUUGGUGCAAAUCGAGUAGCUGUUGCAAGUCAAUUCAUCCAAAAAUACGGCUAUAUUAGUUCAUGGCAUGAAGAACUUUGCCUUGAUAGGAAGAAGGAAAGUUAUCCUGAUUCCAAAAAAGUUGGAGUUGUAGUUCUUGAUGAUGCAAUGCAGCAUUGGAGCUUGCAGCGAGAUUUGGAGAUUGUGAUGGUUAAUGGAUUAACUCUUUGGGGUAACCUUCAACUAAUGCCACUUGGACCAUUAAGGGAACCUUUGACUGCACUUCGACGAGCAGAUGUAGUUGUUGUACAUCAUGCUGACUUAGUUUCUGAAGAUACUCUUGAUGAUAUCAAGUCAAUUGUUCGAAAAGUUAAAGAGUCUGUUCCUGUGUUCUUUACAAGAAUGGAUCCAUCUUACUUAUUUGACGUGAGAAUUAUCAACUCUAAAAUAUCUUUGAGGGCUCUACAUGAUGCUCAUGUAUUAUGUGUUUCUGCCAUCGGUUCUGCAGAUUCUUUUGUGAAGCAGGUCCAAAAGAUGGGAGCUGUCUAUGUUGAUCGAGUUGAUUUUAGCGAUCAUCAUAUAUUUGAUGCUGAGGAUAUUGAGAUGAUCAGAGCCAGGAUUAGAGAACUAGAGAGCAAGUUUGGCUUGAAGCCAAUUGUUGUAGUGACCGAAAAGGAUUACGAUAGGGACCGAGAGAUCCUUAAGCAAUUAUAUCCAUUCAAAGUUUUUGUUCUGUGUUCUAAAUUAAAGGUGGUGCCUUGCUGCAACAGCUCAGAGGAAAGCUUUAAGAGGUUUCUGAGGGAUCAGCUGAAGUUCAAAUUUCUUGCUGCGAACUAGCUAGUUCUCCUUAUUUUAAACAUACCCUUACAAGCAAAUGCUCAAAAUAUUCAGAUUUGUAUGCCCUCUUAGUAUUGCAAUUAAGUUUUUAGAUUAGUUAUUUAUCUGUUGUGUCUAUCAAGAUGGUUUAGGUUCGAAGAAAGAGUUUUUAUCUGGAUUGCAGUCUCAUCGCGAUCUUGUAAGAUUUUGACAUAUUUAAAAUCUUGAUUACGUUUUAAA